GUAAACUGGAUCUGCAAGUGCUGUACUUACUUAAUGUGUGAGCUGAAGGCAUUGGUGUGCAUCCUGCUGUCUGCGUUUGGGGUGGAGAUGCUGGACUCUUGAGGAGAGCACAGACCGAGCUGCAGUUUUGGUUCCAAGUAUAUGGAGUCGAAAGUCAGCGUGAUUGCUUGAGGACAACACUGAACAACCAUGGAUGCCUUCACAGAGGUCUGGACAAAGAUCAAGGAGAUACAUGACCGGGAAGUGCAAGGGCUGCGUGCAAAAUUAACCGAACUAAAUGUGGAAAGAUGUCUUGACUCACAACAAUUGGAAGAACUUUUUGCCAAGAACCAUCAGCUGAGAGAACAGCAGAAGAUCCUUAAUGAGAAUGUGAAGAUUUUAGAAAAUAGAUUGCGAGCAGGAUUAUGCGACAGAUGUACAGUCACACAAGAACUUGCUCGAAAAAAGCAGCAGGAGUUUGAAACCGCCCAACUUCAAGGUUUUCGGCACAUUUCGCUUCUCAAUUGUGAAAUCAAUAGACUGAAAGAAGAGAACACACUGCUUCAAGUGGACCUGAGAAAGUUGAAAUGUUUCUUAGAGGAGAGGAAAAAGCAGGUUCAGUCUUGGGAAACCCUUUUCUUGUCAGACACCAAUGUACAUGUUGGUUCCUCCUCACACUACAGAAGGAACCAAAGCUCAAACAGCAAUUUCAGUUUACAGUCAAAUCAUCAAAGGGAUGAGCAGGAGCUCAGGCACUUUACGGAAGGAAGCCCCACUCCCUCUAUACAUUCUCCAAAUUGUCAUUUUCCUGAUUCACCCGUCUUCGAUGUGCAUCCUCAAAGGAUAUCUAAUCAUUUACAUGGAACAAUAGCAUUGAUAACCGAGGGCAAAAGAUGUCCCAGCUGCCCAGAGCAAGACCAGGCCACAAACUCUUGUGCAGAACUCCAAGAGCAGAGCCAUUCUAAGGAUGCACUGCAUUGUUUUUCACCCUGCAGAAAAGAUGGAAACAGCACAGAAGAACCAGAAAUGAUGAAGCAUCCAAAUACUGGGGCAUACCAUGAUACCGGUGAUCUCAAUAAGAAGAAAGAAGAACCAACUGCUGAGGAUGUUAUGGAGAAGCCUCUAGAUUUAUCAGAUUGCAGUAAAAAUAAGGGGUCACUUCAGUCUACAAGCAAAGAUGAAUUGUUCCUUAAACCGGAAACAAAGAAACCAAGAUUGAAAGAGCCACAACACAAGAAAUGUCUUAUGGGUGGAAAGUCACUGAACGUAAAAUCCCAGAACAAUAUGUACUGUUUUGAAACAGACACCAAAGUGGCACGGUAUAACAGCAAAACUGGCUCCAGGGAAGCAGAAGAUGAUUCCAGAAUGAAAAUGAAUCUGAGGCCCAUAGAUCCCAAGGCCGAGAAUGUUGGGAGUCAACGAGUGGAAGUUCAUCUACAAAUUUUGAAAAUGCCUUCAGACCCGUAUGAGACCACUCCAUACAAGAUCACGGAGUUUCAAGACGUGCAAGAAAACCAAGAGAUUAAAUCUGAAAGCGUGAAGGGUGAAUCUGAGAAGAGUGAGGCACAACUCAAAAAAAAGAAAAAGAAACGAAUGCAGCACUAUUGGACUUCAGCAUCAUACAAGAGAGGACGAAGGCCCAAAAGACCCAAAUCAGAACCAAUCUCCACACAUUCCACACAACCCAGCACAGAAAUUCUGGACAGCAGCCUAUCCAGCUUCCCAGAUUUAACUCUCGAGAGACCAAACUGAAGAAGACAUUUAUUUCAAAGACUGCUAAGGUGAAGACUGAAGACUUUCCAUGAAUUGAAGGAAGUUAACAACAACAACAACAACAAAUUACACUUGUAUAGUGCCCUUCAUGUCAGAAAAACAUCCCAGGGUGCUAGACAAUCAGGAGUUUGGGGAAUUGGGAUCAGA